UUUUCCUUUGUGCUAAAUGAACCUGUAAUUCAGUAAAUCAUAUCAUGAGAACACAUAAUGUUUUACACCCUCUAGAAAUCACCAAGAGGCAAACGACGUAUGCCUCUUCAAUUUUGCGCGCGUCUCAUGCCUUCGGGGUUUAAUUUAGAGUUUUGGAGUUUUCCCUUUUCACCACUUCUCGCUUGAUUUACAUGAGAAGUGUAUCUAUCGUGUCUUAGUGGUAUGUACAUACACGUGACAUAUUUUAGCAUGCCUUGAAGUGAUUAGUGCUUGAUUUAUUACGGUUAAUAGAUUUCUAAAGAUGUUUUGCUUCAUAUUAAUUUUAUCGAUUAUAACAUCUACGGUAGAUUUAAGUAGUAUAGUAAUCAUGAGUGGUACUGGAACAUUGUCCCAGCAGAAUAACCAUAAAAAUAUUUCAUUACUAUUGGAUAAUUUGUUAAGAGGAUAUGACAAUAGUAUUCGUCCAGAUUUUGGAGGUCCUCCUACUAUAAUAGAAGUAGAUAUUAUGGUAAGAAGUAUGGGACCAAUAUCAGAAAUUGAUAUGACAUAUUCAAUGGAUUGUUAUUUUCGGCAAUCUUGGAGAGACAAAAGAUUGUCGUUUUUUAGUCACACAAACUAUACCCUUGCUCUCAGUAUCUCGAUGCUGGCCAAAAUAUGGAAACCAGACACUUUUUUCUACAACGGAAAACAAUCGUAUUUACACACGAUUACAACCCCAAAUAAAUUUGUCAGGCUCCAUCACGACGGAAGGGUAUUGUAUUCUUCCAGAUUAACAAUUAAAGCUGGAUGUCCAAUGAAUUUAGAAAAUUUUCCAAUGGAUAUUCAGAAAUGUCCCUUAACGUUCGGUUCGUUUGGCUACACAAAAAAAGAUGUAUUAUAUCGAUGGAAUUUCGCCCGGCAAGUUGCUAUAGCCGAUGAUAUGAAACUAUCACAAUUUGAUCUGAUAGGUACUCCUUCUGGGAACAAUUCCUUUAAUCCUUUUAAUGGAGAUAUAAGAUCAGAAUAUUCGGUAUUACUGGUAAGCUUUCACCUUCAGCGACAUAUGGGAAAUUUUUUAAUUCAAGUAUAUGGACCAUGCGUACUCCUUGUGGUCCUCUCUUGGGUAUCAUUUUGGUUGAACAGAGAAGCUACAGCAGAUAGAGUAUCACUUGGUAUAACGACAGUUCUGACAAUGACCUUUUUAGGUUUGGAAGCAAGGACAAAUUUACCCAAAGUUCCUUAUCCAACUGCACUGGAUUUUUUUGUUUUUCUGUCAUUUGCUUUUAUUUUUGCAACAAUCAUACAAUUCGCAGUCGUUCACUAUUUUACUAAGUAUGGUUCUGGAGAAUGUUACUUUAGCUUCAGUUCUGAUUCAAGCAGUGAGGAUGAAGAUAGUAAUACUUCGUAUGUGCAACCAAAGGCUUCAAAAUCGGUCGCUAAGAGCGUUCACGAAUGUUCCAAACCAAAUCCUCGAUUUGAUGAAAUCAUUCAAUUGACCGAUGACUUACUUCCCUCUACAUCCACAAAACCAGCCACCAAGCCACCAGCCCGAAGAUUGAGCCAUCAAGCUCCACCAACAGCCAAACGUCGAUUUAGCGUAGCAAGUAGAAGAGUAUCCACUCAGAGCAGUAAAGGUUAUAGAAAGAAAAAGAGAUCACCCAGAUUUAACUCGGUUUCUAAAAUUGAUCGCGUGUCAAGAAUAUUGUUUCCGUUUUUAUUCAUAGCUAUUAAUACGUUUUAUUGGUACUCAUAUCUUUAAACUAAAGUUCAAGUUUUGUAGUAAUUACUUUUUAAAUAAAGAAAUGGUUGUUUGUGUA